ACCAAGUGGGCGAGAAGCGCGAAUUCUCGCUGACGAUGAAAGCACGGCGUCGAGGCCAAGAUUACGACGAUAUCUCCAAGGCCGAGAAGCUGAAGCCGCUGGUAAUGCUUGCC